AUGGCCUGUCGGCUUUGUGUUCGACGGCCUUCUCCGACAACGGUCAGCUUUACUGUCUCCAAUGCGCCACGCCGCGCCAAUACCCCCGCGAAGAUCCUCUUCGGCCUUCAAAUUCUACUACGCGCCUUCUUACUUCUCUGCGUCAUCACAAUUGGGGCUGUCCAGCUUGAAAAAAACUUCCCAGAGAUAGAUCGCUGGGCCCCAUCUUUGCAGCCCCUGUGGUCCCAGCUCGAUCAAACGUACCUGUGUAACUUGGUAGACAAGAACAAUCCAUGGAUUGUUGCGGCGAUAUGUGUGAUUGUGGUCUAUGGAGUAUUUAGGCGUGGCUAUACCGAGGAGUCGUUGUUAGUAAUUCGGGGCUUUGGAAUCCAAACCUCUACCUCAUCCUCAACAUACCUUUCAACAGCAUCGACCAGGUUCAUACCUACGACGCAGAUCCAGGAUAUCGUCAUCCAUGAGGCUUUCAAAGGAUUCGAAGUUCGGUUUUAUCUGGCCGUAAUUGUGGAAGGGGAGCCUCAGGUCCUUGUAGUCUUUCCGCAACUAUUACCUAAACGAGAUAUUUUAGAGGAGGUUUGGAGAGGAUCUCGUCGUUGUCUUUAUGAUGCCAAAUCGUGA